AUGGCGAAGUCUUGCUUACUCUCCGGACUUCUUGCUCUUGGCCUCGCUUUCUCGGCUCAUGGGGCGUCUUACUCACCAACUUUGAAUGUCAACGAUGUUGCGGCACUUCGAUCAGCAGCAACGGCAGCUCUCAAAAAUCUUCUGACCUACUAUGUACCAACAUCGGUCGGCGCUUUUCCACAAGAACAAACACCCUGGCACGAAUCUCAAAUGAUCUGGGGUUUAUACAUGGAUCAUGCUAAAUACACGGGUGAUACACAAUUUCUCGACAUCGUCACUGGUGCCCUUGUCAAUGCUACCUACGGCUCCAACCAAGAUUUUCUUGGUGGCUCGAUGGCUGGUUUGUCAGAGACUCUGUUGGGAAAGUGGAACGACGAUAUUCUUUGGGGAAGCUUAGCAGCGGUGGGAGGUGCCGAGAUCUAUGGUCCUAACUCUGUCAUGCCUGGUGCCAAUGGGCCGUGGAUUACUCCUGCCCAGAAAACAUAUGACCAGGCCUUUGAACAAUGGGAUGCUGAGUGUGGCGGUGGAAUCUAUUGGUCUCGUGACCGAAACGGAAAGUCUGCGCCUUAUAAAUCCUUGAUUACUCAACUUGAGUUUAUCAUGCAAGGUGCUCGGAAUUACCUCCAAACGAAAAAUGAAACUGCGCUUGCACUUUCCAAACAGACUUUUGAUUGGGUCAUCAGCUCCGGUCUAGGUAACACUCAAACAGGUGUAUUGGCCGAUGGAAUGAACGCUGGCGCUUGCGGUUCGUUUACUUCUCAUGUCUGGAGUUACAACUAUGGACAACUACUUGGCGCAAUGGCUUGGAUGCACAAAGCCACCAACAAUCAGACUUUCCUUGAUCUCAUGACACCCUUUUAUCAAUAUGCUACUACAACUUUUAAUGGUCAAAACACGUCUGGAGUUGUGACUGAAACUUGCGAGCCGAAUGCUAAAUGUAAUCGAGAUCAACAAGGUUUCAAAGCCAACUACGUUCGCAAUCUAGCUUACGUCUACCGAGAGACCAACAACGGGGAUAUCAAAGAAGGCAUCAAAAAAACUCUGGAUACCUCUAUCCAAGCUAUGGUACAAAACUCGUGCGAUCAAGAAUGGAACUGCGGUGGAAACUGGACUACUGAUACUCAGCCCAUCAAAUAUGUUCGAAGUCAGCAUGUCAGUGCAGCCUUGCUAGUCGCUGCACUCGGUGUUCAUGACACCUCAACCGGAGCCGGACUCUUAACCAAGGUGACGGCUGGUGCUUUGUCUGACACCACCAAUGGUGCAGCUGGCUUAGGGGGAUCGGGAACUAAGAACCCAGGAAAGAUCACAAGUCAAAAGUUAGGUGCUGCAGCUGGACUCGAUGCUCGCGCUUGUCAGCUUGUAAUGCUUCUCGGAGUCCUCUUGUCGGCCGGGUUUUUAUCUCUUUGA